AUGUCCUCGUCUAAAAUGGAGCCGCUUAGGCAUACAAGCUCCCAGCGUCUGCCCCCUCCGUCUCUAUUUCAAGGGCCUCCGUCGCAUAAUGCUUCUAAUAUUUCUCUUCCUUCUGGACGUCUUGCUAGUACUCAUGGAGGUUCUGCGGCUACUACUCCGGGAGGUGUUCCGUCACCGCCUCUGUUUCGCACGCGCUCAUCUCGACAACGCUCAGGGCCUUUGGAAGGCCAGACAUUGCUCUCGCCAUUUAUCUCACGCUCUCAUUCUCAAGGUGAAGUAGACCGUUCAGAGGCAAUAUGGCAGGAGAUGCAAAACACCCUUGCUGAAGUGGAACUCAGCGCGAUGAGCGGUGAACACGUCUUUGGGGAGAAACAUGCCAAAGCCCUGGAUGAGCUGCGCGAGAAGCAGUUGCGACUGGCUCAAGCCUGGGCCCGAAGUGAAGCUGAUGAAGUCGUUGAUGCUGCCAAAGGUACCGAGGAGCCACAUCAGCAGUCCGCCAAAAAAGGAGGUUCAGCCCCUGGGGGAACAGCAGAACGGCCAGGAGGCGAGUCUAGCUCACACAAAGCUCUCGAGGAAGAGACGGAGAAUGAUCUUCUCCUUGCGCGUGAGAGGCGUGAAGCCAAUGAUAGAUACUUCGACCGUGUCAAGAGUGGGGUGCUAGAUGUCGUUGCUAAACUCGAGGAGGUCGCUGAUGCAAUGCGUGCUGUUGAAAGAGAAAGCAAGGACAUCUGGAGUGAAAGCGAAAGCGUAGAUACGAGUGGCACGUCAAGGACCACCAGAUGA